CGCCAUCGGCAUCUUAUUCGUUUUCUGGCCCUUCCACGUCUUGUACCACCGGAAUGUGCGCCUCCCUUGUCUCCCCUGCUUUCUCGGGCGUCUAUAAAUACAUCUGCCCUUCGCUACCUUUUCUCCUCUUCUAAACACCAAACCCCUCACUCGGUUGCCUCUCGCUCUCUCCUCGCUCCUCUGGUUUUAGGGUUUUGGUGAGCCGAAACGAGCCUUGGAAGGCGAGAUUCCAAGGAAAUUACAUGGACGCCUACGCCCUCCAUCUCGCCGUGGCGGCGCUCGUAGGCGCAUCCUUCGUCGCCGUCUCUGCCUACUACGUGCACCGCAAAACCCUCGGCCAGCUCCUCGAGUUCGCCCGCGCCGUCGAGAAGGAACGCGGCCGUGAUCGCCGUGGCGAUGACGAUGAUGAGCCCAAGCGGGGCCUGCUGAGGCGGGGCCGGUACGGGUACCGGCGAAGUGGGUCCGGGUCUGACCGACGCGGCUGGGGGUCGGCGUCGCUGCCGGACGUGAUGGCGGCGACGGCGCUGGACGGGGAGGAGGUGGAGGAGGAGGAGGAGGAAGAAGAAGAGGCAGCGGCAGCGGAGUUAGACUCACGGGGCUUUCCGAUUCCUGUGGGGCUGCCUCGCCUGCAAACCGUCCCGGAAGGUAAUGUGCAGUCUCUUCAUGGAAUCUCAAAUAAAAGAGGUGGACAUGGCAUCAGGUCGACUUCUAAAUCACCUGUUGCUAGUGCUAGUGCCUUCGAGAGCCAAGAGGGAUCAGAGGAAGAAGACAAUCUGCCAAAUGAUAGUAAACUUGACAAUGCCUACUUGCAUGCAAAUGGAAUUAUAGGGGAAGAAGGUAAGAGCUUAUACCAAGCUUUGCCUGAUCAUAUUGCUGUGAAUGGGGAUCCAAAGUCCUUAACUGCAUCGAGCAUGAUUCGAUCUCAUAGUGUAUCUGGUGAUCUACAUGGUGUACCACCUGACCCAGUGGCAGCCGAUAUUCUUAGAAAAGAGCCUGAACAAGAAACCUUUGUCAGACUCAAAAUUACCCCGACUGAGACACCAUCUGCUGAUGAAGCUGAGGUCUACAAAAUUCUCCAGAACUGUCUUGUGCUGCGAGAAACUUAUGUCUUUAGAGAGGAACGUGCUCCUUGGGAGAAAGAAGUCAUAACCGACCCUAGUACACCAAAGGCAAAUCCUAAUCCGUUCUUCUAUAUGCCUGAGCAGAAAACCAAUCAUGUAUUUUGUAUGGUAGAUGGGGUUGUUCAUGUUUACGCUUGUAAAGAUUCAAAGGAAAGACUUUUUCCUGUGGCUGAUGCUACAACAUUUUUUACGGACUUGCAUCAUAUUCUCCGAGUAAUUGCAGCUGGAAAUAUCAGAACAUUAUGCCAUCACCGUCUGGUUCUUCUUGAGCAGAAAUUUAAUCUUCAUUUGAUGCUCAAUGCGGAUAGAGAAUUUCUUGCACAGAAAAGUGCACCACAUCGUGAUUUUUACAAUGUCAGGAAAGUUGACACCCAUGUUCAUCACUCAGCAUGCAUGAACCAGAAGCAUCUAUUGAGAUUUAUAAAGUCAAAGUUGAGGAAAGAACCUGAUGAGGUUGUGAUUUUUAGAGAUGGAACGUAUAUGACACUAAAGGAGGUUUUUGAGAGUUUGGACUUGACUGGGUAUGAUCUUAAUGUCGAUCUCUUAGAUGUCCAUGCAGACAAGAGCACAUUUCAUCGUUUUGACAAGUUUAACCUUAAAUACAAUCCUUGUGGCCAAAGUAGGCUAAGGGAGAUUUUUCUUAAGCAGGAUAAUCUCAUACAAGGGCGUUUCCUGGCUGAGCUGACAAAACAAGUUUUUUGUGACCUUGCUGCUAGUAAAUACCAGAUGGCUGAAUAUAGGUUAUCAAUAUAUGGAAGGAAACAAAGCGAGUGGGACCAACUUGCUAGUUGGAUUGUGAAUAAUGAAUUGUACAGUGAAAAUGUUGUUUGGUUAAUUCAGAUUCCACGGCUAUACAAUGUAUACAAGGAAAUGGGUAUAGUUACAUCAUUUCAAAACCUUCUUGACAAUAUUUUUCUUCCCCUUUUUGAGGUUACAGUUGACCCAGAUUCACACCCUCAGUUACAUGUUUUCUUAAAACAGGUUGUGGGGUUGGAUUUGGUGGAUGAUGAAAGCAAACCUGAAAGACGUCCAACAAAGCAUAUGCCGACACCAACUCAAUGGACGAAUGUCUUUAACCCUGCAUUCUCGUAUUAUGCAUAUUAUUGUUAUGCUAACCUGUACACACUGAACAAGCUUCGUGAGUCAAAAGGCAUGACAACCAUCAAAUUCCGUCCUCAUUCUGGAGAGGCUGGUGACAUUGACCACCUUGCUGCAACUUUUCUGUGUGCUCAUAAUAUUGCUCAUGGGAUCAAUCUAAGAAAGUCCCCAGUCCUUCAGUACUUGUAUUAUCUUGCUCAGAUUGGUUUGGCAAUGUCUCCUCUAAGCAACAACUCUUUGUUUCUUGAUUAUCAUCGAAAUCCUUUGCCAAUGUUCUUCCACAGAGGUCUAAAUGUUUCUCUUUCAACGGAUGACCCUCUACAAAUCCACCUUACAAAAGAACCCUUGGUGGAGGAGUACAGUAUUGCAGCUUCGGUGUGGAAGCUAAGCUCAUGUGACUUGUGUGAAAUUGCCAGAAAUUCUGUUUACCAGUCUGGUUUUUCCCAUGCUCUCAAGUCGCAUUGGAUUGGGAAGAAUUACUAUAGGAGAGGUCCUGAUGGGAAUGAUAUCCAUAAGACAAAUGUGCCUCAUAUCCGACUUGAAUUUCGUGACAUGAUAUGGAGGGAAGAGAUGCGGCAAGUUUAUUUAGGGAAGGCUGUUUUACCAAAAGAAGUGGAGAAGUAAGCUCAGCUUGAUUAUAGCCAACAUAGAGGAACUUUGCUUGGUGCAGGAAUUAUCUAGAGAUCUUGAACAUGAGCGGAGUAUCGAUUAUCCGAAAAUUGGAGAUAGGAGGAACACUCUUGGCUGAUGCAUUAUCCAAAUUGCGACGGAAGAGACAAUGUCAUUGGUCUAAGUCGUGGCACAGAUUUUGACUUGAUAUACCAAACAUACCACAAGUCAACCAAACUGCACAUUGUAUGGCUGGGUAUGGAAGAGAUAUUGUUUCUGUGGGAUUCUAGCCAAGCUCUUCCUAGGCAGCUCCUUUGUAUUGGCUCAGAUCUCAUCGGAGCUGGCUCUGUUACACUUGAAUAAAUAUUUUUUAUUUCAAAAUAUAAUGAUGUGGCAAUUAAUUUGUGUUUUA